AUGUGGGUAUCCUCAGAGGUGAGCAGUGAGGGGGCCUCGGUCAUCCAUGGAGCAGCCCUGGGCCUGGCCAUGCCCAUGGGGACCAGAUUACAAGUUACACCAGGUGCCGAUAUCAGCCCCAAAGCAGCAAAUGUUCACUGGCAGAUCAGAGAAAUCAGAGGGAAACCACAGGAGUUCCCGGACGUCUCUUCCAUUGGCAGAUGUGGUUAUGGAGAAGAGCUCCUAGGUACUGACUUUAACAUAGAUAGCUUACCUCUGCCUCGGAAAGCCCAUCACGACUGGGCCCUUUUCCAUGAAGAGUCUCCGAAAAACAAUUAUAAGCUCUUUCACAAGCCAGUAAUCACCUUGUUCAACUACACUGCCACGUUCAGCCGGCAUUCUCACUUGUCACUAACUACCCAAUACUUGGAGGGCAUAGAAGUCCUGAAGUCACUGCAAUACCUAGUCUCUUUGCAGUCCAAAAACAACCUUCGAAAAAGACUUGCUCCCCUGGUGUAUGUACAGUCAGACUGUGACCCACCAUCAGAUAGGGACAGCUAUGUUCGAGAGCUGAUGACUCACAUCGAGGUCGAUUCCUAUGGUGAGUGUUUACGAAACAAAGAUCUCCCUCAGAAGCUGAAAAAUCCAGCCUCCAUGGAUGCCGAUGAUUUUUAUAGGAUCAUUGCACAGUAUAAGUUCAUCCUUGCUUUUGAGAAUGCGAUUUGUGAAGACUACAUCACUGAGAAGUUCUGGAGACCUCUCAGGCUAGGGGUCGUCCCUGUGUACUAUGGAUCCCCCAGCAUCACAGACUGGCUUCCAAGUAAUAGAAGUGCUAUUCUUGUAUCGGAAUUUUCUCACCCUAGAGAACUGGCACGUUACAUCAGACACCUGGAUCAUGAUGACAGACAGUACGAGGCCUACAUAGAAUGGAAGCUGAAGGGUGAGAUCUCUAAUCAGCGACUUCUCACAGCUCUCAGGGAGCGGAAAUGGGGAGUGCAGGAUGUCACCCAGGACAACUACAUCGAUGCCUUUGAGUGUAUGGUGUGCAACAAGGUGUGGGAUAAUAGUAGACGCCAGGAAAAGGGCUUACCACCCAAAAGCUGGAAGGCAGAAGCUUCCCACCUGAGUUGCCCGGAGCCUACAGCAUUUGCUUUCUCCCCUGUGGCUCCACACAGGAGCUCUUUGCGAACCAUGUGGAUACCAAGCUUUGAACAAUCCAGGAAAGAAGCCCAGGUGCUAAGGUGGCUGGUUGAUAGGAAUCAAAAUUUUUCAGCUCGAGAGUUUUGGGCCUUGGUAUUCAAGGACAAUUUCAAAGAGUGACAGGAUAUGUAGACUAGAGCCAUCCUGAGGUUUAUUUUCUAGGUUGCCUUAAGGUAUGAAUGUAAUAGCUACUUUGUUGUCUGUCCUGUAGGGUAAGCAUUCAUUGCUGCAGUACUCAUAAUGAGCCCUAUCAAAUAAUAGAUGUGAAUUACCCUUAGGGGUUUCCUGUACAUUUUUUAUACUAAAAUUUUAAGUAUUUCUUAGGGACACUGGUCACCUUCCAUUUACAUGUCUGGACCCACGUUCCUGCUGCCUUUCGAGGAAGUUCACCUAAUGGAGAGUGAGUGCCUUCUUCCCUGCAAGGGAGGCAGAAGGUGUGCAGCUGUGGAUUCUUGAUACUCACCUCACUAUCCGCAGCUUAUUGGUAUUUGGCAGGCCCAGUGGGCUGAUGCUGAGCAUGAACACGAAACAUAUUAGAACUUGGCAACGAGAGAUUUCAAGGAAAUCUGUGGGUUUCCAGGGAUUAAGUGAGUAAUAAAAGCUGUGUAUAGUUUAUCCACUAUUUAUUCCUCAAGUCAGAAGGUCAUGUGCUUGUUUGUUUCUGCCUUUUCCAUGCUCCCAGCUACCUCUCUAACUUCCUUUUUAUCAUCUUGCUUCGUGUCCUCCUCCAAAGCAGAGUGUCUUACGAUGUGCCUCCUGUCUGUGUGUUUUGAUCAGUGAGAUGUUCCCAGUUGUCCUUAUACUGCUGAGCAGAAUGAUAAUCAUGUAAUUCGGCUGGACAGCUCAUGCGUUUUGAUCAGCGUGAGAGUGGGUGAAUACCCCCAGGCUCUCGAAUGCUGUUGAAGGUGAUUUGUCUCUUCUUAGGGUGAGGCACAGCCUGCUGUGGUGGGCAGCCCCCCAGGUUUGUGAGUGUUCCCUGUCAUUUCUGAUCCCGUCACAGAGAAGGUGCAGCUGUCUUACCGGAGCAUCUGCUGGAACUUCAUGAAAUGCAAGGAGGACACACUGGCUCACGUCAUCUUUCCUUGUGAGGGUCGGAAGGCUUCUGGAUGACACUAAAACCUGUUGUCCCUGCUGUGUCAUGGCUGUAGUAUUCUUUAUUGUGGAAAGAUGCGACCUCCAGAGGACAGGAGAGUCCCUGAUACUCAUGUCCCUGGCGUGGUAUAAGGAGGAAACCUCAGAGAGCUUUUUUUUUUUAAAUCAAACCACAUCAUUUUACUAUGCAGUUUCCUUCGACCAGAAAAUUACUAAAAAUACAAAUAUAAAGUCUCUAGAAAAUACUUAGAACAGAUCUGUAAUCUUCUUCCUCCCCAAACUGGGCCAACCUUUGUUCUUUCAGUGUUGUUGGAUUACAUGCAGGUUUGUCUCCCUGUUAGCCACACACAUAACACAGAUCCAUACAGUCCCCUUUUGUCAUAGGUCAGUGCCUUGAUGUGACUGCCGUGAGCAAUCUCUCUCCCAUCCACAGCUUUCUCUGGCUUGUGCCGGAGAAAUGGGGACUGCAACCAGUACCUAUCUUUUAGCAGCCUGAAGGGUCACAUUGCUGGGUGGGAGAAGGUGUCUAUGCCUGCUUUCUUCUCAAUCCCAGCUCUGCCAUUAACUAAAUAAUGAUUUUUGUCCAUGUCCCUUAACCUCUCUGGGCCUUACUUUUUGUUCCUAAAAAGAUGUGAUGAGCUGGUCUCUGAAAUUCUUUUCUGUGUAACAUUGUUGAGUUGUUUAUCAAAAUUUAAGAAGUUUAACUUUUUAGGUGUUUUUAUUAAGAUAGUAACAAACCAUUUCAGAGCCACUGUUUUCCAAGGGAGGCACACUCUUCUUUGGAGGAAAAUGCCUACUUACUGCGUAGUUAAUGAGGAUAGAAAGCAGCGACCUCUCUGCACCUUAUCCAAUACUGUCAAAAGAGAGAGGAUGGAAAGGGAUGGUUUGUUGAGACCAGAUUUUAAAUUGUAUGUUCAAUGACAUUUGUAGCUAUUGUACUCAUAAAAGAAAGCCCAAGAUAUGAUUUGUGCCUCUGGAGAGAUAUUGUCAGAUAGCUUCAGUUCUCUUCCAUAAAUGCCUUAAAUAAGUACCCAGUACUUAUCUGCUGCAUGUAUGUCUUAAAACUCAACAUUUCAUGUAGUUUUGUCCUAUUUGGGUUCUUCAUCUAGAGUCCAUAGAUAAAAUUCUCCCUAAGCCUUUCUCAAGUAUGUGACCCUGAACAAAUUUAGUGAAGUAGAUCAUUGAUCAUCUAAUGUGGUGUAAAAAUUUUAUGGGGGCAGAGGGUAGAGGGGAGGGAAUUUUCAUGUGCUUAAAAAUGAGGUAUAUUUCAAAGAGGAUAAAUCAGAAUUUCCUUGGGACUCUUUAGGUACCCAAGAUUUAAGACUUUUUUUUUUUGCUUAACAUGUGUGUCUUCUGUAAUAGGAUUUGCAUCAGUAAGAUGAUUCCCUCUUAUCUGUGAUGAUUGCUGUCCUGGAGUGAGGGGGUGCCCCUGCUCUAUGUAGCAUGGUUCUUCUCUGCAAAGUGGGGAGUAUGCAUUUUGAGUUCUGUAUACUGUCCCUCAGCAUUUAUCUGUGUUGAUCACAGAUUGUAUCUGUGUUGAUCCCAUCAUACCACACCUUUCUCUUUACCUCACUGUCUUCACUUUCGAAACAUCAUUAAGAAAGUGUCCUACCUCACAGAGCUGUUGUGGGGAAUGACCCACGGCUGUGAAGGGACUUUGUACAAGGCAGCAUUCUGUGAGUGCUUCAGUGCAUCUUAUUUGGAUUGUUUGCAAAGACUCAUUUUCAACGUGGUGUGGCAGGUGGGCAGAGACCUUUGCAGAAAUGCUGAAGAAAGUGAAUACUAAUACUAGUCAAUAGUUUUCACUUUUUACCUGGAAAUGGAGGCAACUUUGACCUUUGAUCUUGUAGCAAAUAUAGUAUUUUAGAACCUGAACACUGACUCGCAUAUUUGUUUCUGUUAAGGACUAGAUUCUAGUAACUAGAAUAUCAGUUGAGGUUCUUAUCAUUACUAGUAACAGAUUGAGUGCAUACAGCAUUCUAUGCAUUACUCAGAAAUUAAAGACAUAAGUGAAAAAUGAGCAUGAUUCCUUCGGAGUCACAUAAUGUACAUUAUAUGUAGGAGAACAAGCUAGUGUCUAUGGGAUGCUGUGUGGACCUAAGCCCAGUACAGACCUGAGCUUGAAAUGCCCAUGAUUUUUUAAAUCAUGCAUCAAAAAAGAUCAGUAACACUUAAUUCCUGCUGAAUGUUACAGUUUAUUAGGGGAAUGCACUGUAGAGUUGAUUUUUGGUGAGUGAUGAUAAUUAUCUAAAGCAACAUGAUACAGUUCUAUGGAAGUGACAUAUGUCUUUCUUAGAAUCUUCAAAGUACACAGUAUAGAAGUUCACAGGCCAAGAAUAAUAAUGGUGGUUAUUUUAUGUUUCUAGUAACUUUGCAAUCCUGACUGUUUUAUAAAGAAUUUCCUUACCCUUCUUUAGGAAAUUUCUUUCCUUCGUACUUUUGUUGUCAUUCAUAGUACUCUUUACUGCAUAAUUCUAAUAUCAACAUAUAUCUUCAUUUUCUUCUGAUUACAGAAACAAAAUAUGCUUGCAAAAUUCAGAGCACAUACAGAAUUACAACUCUGAUUUCUAGAGCAAGAAAGACCUGGUUUUAGCCCCUGCUCCAGUAUACCAUCUUUCUUACCUUGAUUGAGUAAUCUGGCCUUUUGAAGCUUUAGUUUGCCCAUCUGUAAAAGUAUAUUAUAAUUUCCACCCUCCCUGGACAUUGUUGUGAAGGUUAAGUAAGCUACUAUUCAUACUUAAUAAAGUGUAACCUUCAUUUUUACAGCUAUCUGUGGCCAUUCCCCUUUUGUUUGUGAAACCUUGAUUGAGAUUUGUCCAGAAAAAAGGAAUGACUAAUGAUAGUAGCAGGGAUAGUGUGCUAGGUAUCGUAGCAGAUAGGAAUUGGAUGUGGGGGAGAGGUGUGAAGGGUUCUGGGUAGGGCUUUGUGGUAUGAUGAUGGUAUUAACACCGGGGACUGAAGAGUGUUCAAACUGUGCUCUGCAUCUCUCUCCCCACCAUGGGGUUUCUGAUGGAGUUUUUCACAAAGCUCCCAACAGCAUAGUGGGAAUCAAACAACCUGUUUACAGUAGCUUUACAAACCCAAUAAACCCAGAACAGUGUUCCCUGGUAAAAGCUGGAUUUGAACACAUGGUUUAGACUUAAAGCCUAAGUAGGAUCGUUUAUUGCCUUUCUAUUUCUCCAUUCUCAAACUUGGGACCAGCUUGUCCAAUGGGCCUAUACCAAGAAAGAAGAGAGAAAGAUGGCCAGGUCAGUAGGUUCUGAACCUACUUACUUAUUAACUGAAAAUCAGAAAACAGAAAAGAGGAGGCACCUGACCAGGUCUUCUGCUAGGGGACAGCCCUGGAUUGCUCUGCAUAUGCAUGGAGGCAAAGAUACAGGGUGCAAGGUGUGGGGGCUCACUUUUAAGUUACAGUAAUUUCUCUAGCUGAUAAAAUAUGGCCUGUCAGUAUCCUGGGCCUAGCCCAUUAAGCUAGCACCUCCACUGGUGCUGGGGAUUAUUAAGGAGCUGGGCAAGAAGCUGCAAUUGGGGCAGGAGGGACGCUCCAUGGUUUUUGUCUUCUCAACCUCACUGGCCUCCCAGCCAAGCCUGUGGGCAGUCAGAGGUGUGGCUGUGUCCCUAAGGGUGUGGCCAGCCAUGACCACAGAGACCUCCUGUCCUCUUCUUGGGCUUCUCCCUGAGAGCUACCCUUGCUCUCUCGUCCGCCUGGGACCAGUGAUAUGGGCGGUUCAGCUCUUAUCCCUGAAGCUUCUGAAAUGAGUCAGAACUGGACAUUGAUUAAUGUCUCCAGGGGGGUUUGAGCAUUAAGCCAAAAGUAUAUUCUCUAUUUUAUUUCCCACACAAACCCCGACUACAUCAUCCAGCCUCGCUCACCAGAGGAGGUCAUACAACCAGCCCAUAGGCCAUUAUGAAUAUUUGUGAUUUUACUAUCAUGAACGCCUCAAUUUUUAAAAAACCGAUUUGAGUCGGUAAUUAGAGAAACUCAGAGAUCGUCAGUAUAGUAGGGGGUGGUGGUAAUGGUUUAGAGGCAGGGGCAUUGUCCCAGGAGCCUUUGGAAUGAGCCUCACAGAAGUUGCUUCUUACGCAUACAGAGUGACCCAGACUACAGAGCCUCAUCUGAUGAGUUACACUCACGGGAAAAACAAAAGCCAGUUUUUCUUAAGAGUGUUGAAGAACGAUGAAGCAAUAAAAUGAUCAAUUUUAUUAAACCUC